ACGACUCAGUCGGUGUUUACCAUGGCGGCUAUCUAAUUGAAAGAAAAAAUGUGGGGUUUAUAGCUGCAAUAACAGGCAUAGUUUUGCGAAUAAAGUCAGAAGAUAUUUCUUUCAGGAUGACCAACAGAACAUCUUAUUUUUAUGACCCAGACGUGGGCAACUUUCAUUAUGGUGCGGGCCACCCCAUGAAGCCUCACCGUUUGUCUCUGACUCACAGUCUGGUGCUGCACUAUGGACUCUACAAGAAAAUGAUGGUGUUCAAGCCAUACAAAGCAUCUCAGCAUGACAUGUGUCGGUUCCACUCUGAAGACUACAUAGAUUUCCUACAGAAGGUCAGCCCCAACAACAUGCAGGGCUUCACAAAGAGCCUCAACACAUUCAAUGUUGGAGACGACUGUCCUGUGUUUCCAGGUCUUUUUGAGUUUUGCUCAAGAUACACAGGAGCCUCCUUACAGGGAGCUACACAGCUCAACCACAAGAUCUGUGACAUCGCCAUCAACUGGGCCGGAGGUUUGCAUCAUGCCAAGAAAUUUGAGGCAUCUGGGUUCUGUUACGUCAAUGACAUUGUCAUCAGUAUACUGGAGCUACUCAAAUACCACCCGAGGGUUCUGUACAUUGACAUAGACAUCCACCAUGGCGACGGCGUUCAGGAGGCCUUUUACCUGACAGAUCGCGUCAUGACUGUGUCCUUCCACAAAUAUGGGAACUACUUUUUCCCAGGAACAGGUGACAUGUAUGAGGUGGGAGCAGAGAGCGGGCGGUACUACUGCCUCAAUGUUCCUCUCAGAGACGGCAUCGAUGACCAGAGCUACAGGCAGCUCUUCCAGCCGGUUAUUAAACAGGUGGUGGAUUUCUACCAGCCGACCUGCAUCGUUCUACAGUGUGGAGCAGAUUCUCUGGGCUGCGACAGACUGGGCUGCUUCAACCUCAGUAUACGAGGACAUGGUGAAUGUGUGGAGUUUGUAAAGAGUUUUAAGAUUCCUCUGUUGGUCCUGGGAGGGGGAGGAUACACAGUGAGGAACGUAGCUCGCUGCUGGACCUUUGAGACAUCUCUGUUAUUGGAUGAGUCCAUCAGUGAUGAGCUGCCGUAUAGCGAGUAUUUUGAGUACUUUGCUCCAGACUUCACGCUGCAUCCUGAUGUCAGCACCAGGAUAGAAAACCAGAACUCCAGACAGUACUUGGAGCAGAUCCGUCAAACGGUGUUCGAGAACUUGAAGAUGCUGAACCACGCACCCAGCGUCCAGAUCCACGACGUUCCCUCUGACAUGCUGAGCUACGAACGCACAGACGAGCCAGACCCCGAUGAGAGGGGAGGCGAGGAAAACUACACCAGGCCGGAGGCAGCCAACGAGUUUUAUGACGGUGACCAUGACAACGACAAAGAAAGUGAUGUUGAAAUUUGACCCGUGAGGAUGAAAGGAGUGGAGCUUUUUCCUCGCAGCAUUUAGUUUGCAUCGGCUGCAGUCUCCAAACAUCACAUCAUCACUGCAGAUUUAACAGAAAUUCGAACAUUUGUGAAAGGACUAAAAAGACUCUAGCUCUGCUCUUUUACUCAGUAGGUUCUCUUUUUCUAAAAGUCCACAGUUCGCCAUCCUAUAAAUCGUCAUCUUGGUUGUUCCAGCGCCGUAACUCAUCAGCACCAGAUCCUUGUGUAUAAUGUCACUGAGUAGAUCUCUACACACAGCAGUAUUCCCAUUUCUAUAAGGGGUUGUCAAAUAUUGUAACAGACAGGGUGAGCCCAGAUGACAUAUCCUUUGAUAAAACUGGACACUGAAACAUACAGUGUCAUGUAACGGAUAUGCCGUUCCUUGUUUUUUUUUUUUUUUUUUUAAAUUUACAAGCAAUGUUGACUUGUAGCAGGACUCAAAACAAACAUUUUCUGUACUGUAUGUGCACAUGAACAGUCAAACAUUUAGAUUUUGAUAGAGAUUUUUUCCUAAUGUUUUUUUCCACUUGUAAUCUUCUUUAUGUUAUCUUAAGUGUCAUUUGAAACAAAGUAUUUUAAUCAACUGAAUUGGACAGCCUACGCAAUGUAUGCUGUCCCACACAUAAAGUGGCUUAAAGAAUGUCCUGAGUAUCUCAAAAGUCAACCCUGAGAUUUCAAAGCUGUUAGUUUGGAGCUCCAUGUGGCAGAACGCAGUGUACAGUACACGUGAAGGCACUCAUGGGAAAAAAACCACUCCCUGCCAGGUGUCAUGGAAAAGACGAGGAGUUAUUUCAUCUUACGAGACACGUGCGAAGCUGCUCCUGCCACGAUACAUUAGUCACACAUCAGCCAAUUCAGAUGUUUAAAACUACGCUUAAACCGUUUUUGACAGAAUCUCAAAGGUAGAAAUUCCAGCUAUGAUUUUAGGUCCACAGUUUUCUUAUUUUACAGUCACUGUGUAGCUCUCAGAAUGUGUUUUUGUUUUUUAACUCCAAGCAUUACCCAUGUGCCUUACAGCUCUGAGAGGUCAAGCACUGGUGUAGAGCUGGGCACUUUGACAUCAACGUCCCUUUUAACUUGACACUGAUUUGGAUUUCUACAAGUGAACUUCUGUAAAUGAGGCAACUGGAUUUGAGCUGAUGCAAACAGGAAGUUAUUCUCCUGUUUGUCAUUCCUUUCUCUUCUCUCUGUUCAUUACUGUAUAUAUAGUUAUAAAUGUACAGACUGUGAGUGUGUUCAUGAUGUAGAAGAGGAAAGCUGUGGUAAUGAGGCUGAUAGUUUGGUAGAAAACAUUUUGUACUGAUGCAGAUGAUUUGUUCAGUGAUCACAUGUCAAUGCUGGUCCUUCACUGUGCAACUUCAUCAAAAUGGGUUUGUUACAGAUGGACAUUAGUGGCAGUAGAACUGUGUUUGAAGCCACAGUAGAAAUAUUUCCUUCAAUCUGCAACCUCCAGUCCUCUUUUAGCCAAAAACAGGUUUUAUGUGAUUUUUGAUAUUGUUGUCUACUUUUGGUUUUAAUAAAAAAAAAAUAUAAAUAUAA